AUGGCAGAUGUUUCCCAGUAUCCAGUCAAUCACCUGGUGACGUUCUGCCUGGGUGAAGAGGACGGCGUGCACACCGUGGAGGACGCCUCGCGGAAGCUGGCCGUCAUGGACAGCCAGGGCCGCAUCUGGGCCCAAGAGAUGCUGCUGCGCGUGUCUCCGGACCAUGUCACGCUGCUUGACCCCAUCUCCAAGGAGGAGCUGGAGUCGUACCCGCUGGGCGCCGUCGUGCGCUGCGACGUGGUGCUGCCCCCAGGCCGGAGCCGCUCGCUGCUGCUGCUCGUGUGCCAGGAGCCCGAGCGCGCGCAGCCGGACGUGCACUUCUUCCAGGGCUUGCGCCUCGGGGCGGAGCUGAUCCGAGAGGACGUCCAGGGGGCUCUGCAUGACUACCGGUCCGGCCGCGGGGAGCGUAGGCCCGCGGCGCUCAAGGCCACGCAGGAGGAGCUGCAGCGCCGCCCCUCGCCGGCGGCCGAGACCCCUCCUCUGCAGCGCCGCCCGUCGCUCCGCGCCGUCAUCAGCACGGUGGGCGUCAGCCGCGGGCGAUCCCAGGCGGAGCCCAUCCCGGAAGCGGCGGAAGAGUCGCAGAGGCCCGGCCAGGCUCAGGCCGCAGGCAGUGCUGACCCGGCCUCCCCGGAUCCGGGCCCCCGCGGUCCAGACCUGGCCGGUCUGCAGGCCGAGCGGGACGUGGACAUCCUGAACCACGUGUUCGACGACGUGGAGAGUUUCGUGUCGAGGCUGCAGAAGUCUGCAGAGGCGGCCCGCGUGUUGCAGCAUCGGGAGCGCGGCCGGAGGACCCGGCGCCGGAUGGCUGGGGAGGGUCUCCUGACACUGCGGGCCAAGCCGCCCUCAGAGGCCGAGUACACAGACGUGCUUCAGAAAAUCAAGUACGCCUUCAGCCUGCUGGCCCGGCUGCGCGGCAACAUCGCCAACCCCUCGUCCCCAGAGCUGCACUUCCUCUUCGGACCUCUGCAACUGGUCGUGGACUCGUCGGGCGGCCCCCAAUUUGCAAGUGAAGUGCGGCGGCCGCACCUGACGUCCGAGGCCGUAGCACUGUUGAGGGACAACCUCACCCCACGUGAGAAUGCGCUCUGGACCUCGCUGGGGGACUCGUGGACCCGCCCGGGGCUGGAGCUGCCCCCAGAGGAGGGAUCCCCGUACAGCCCUGAGUUCUCCAGCGGCUGGGAGCCCCCCGCCACCGACCCGCACGGCCGCGCCUGGGAGAACCCAGUAGACAGACAGCUGCAGCAUGAGCGGCGGCGCCAGCAGCAAAGUGCCCCCCAGGUCGCUGUCAAUGGUCACCAAGACCCAGAGCCAGAGGCUGAGCCCCAGCUGGAGCCGGAGGGGAAGUGGGUCCUGUGUACCUACGACUUCCAGGCCCGCAACAGCAGUGAGCUGUCGGUCAAGCCGCAGGAUGUGUUGGAGGUCCUGGAUGACAGGCGCAAGUGGUGGAAGGUUCGGGACCAGCAAGGGCAGGAAGGAUAUGUGCCCUAUAAUAUCCUAACACCCCACCCGCGGCCCCAAGGAAGCUGCAGCCAAAGCCCUUCCCGCAGCCUGGAGGACAGCACGCCCCCUCACCCACCAGCGCCGGCCCCAGCUCCUACCUUGUCUCGGCCCCACUGGGACAGUGGUGAUAACCUCAACUUGGACCCCAGAGAGAAGGAGAAAUUCUCCCAGAUGCUGUGUGUCAACGAGGAGCUGCAGGCGCGCUUAGCCCAGGGCCGCUCAGGCCCCAGCCGCGCAGCCCCGGGUCCCCGCGCCCCGGAGCCACAGCUCAGCCCGCACUCGGACACGGCCGAGGUCCGCGCCUGGCUGCAGGCCAAGGGAUUUAGCGCUGGGACCGUGGGCGCGUUGGGCGUGCUGACCGGCGCGCAGCUCUUCUCGCUGCAGAAGGAGGAGCUGCGGGCCGUGAGCCCGGAGGAGGGGGCACGCGUGUACAGCCAGGUCACGGUGCAGCGCGCGCUGCUGGAGGACAAAGAGAAAGUGUCAGAGUUGGAGGUGGUGAUGGAGAAGCAGAAGAAGAAGGUGGAAGGCAACCUGGAAACAGAGGUUAUCUGACCAUCCCCGGCUGCUCUGCUCGAAGUUUCGAGGCAGCCCCAUGGGAGAACGGAGUCUGCAGACUGCCCCCACCCCCACGGAAGUCGAGCCCUUGCGAAGGCUCCGGACCUGUUCCGACUCUGGUCUCCCCCGGUCCCCGUGGAGUCUCCUGCGUGAGCGGACUGGCCGUGAGUGGGAGGGAAGGGGGCCACACUCGGGUGCCCUGUGCAUUGUGAUACACCACCCAGUCUAUAAACAGCCUCCUCGUAG